AAAAGUAAUUUAUGUGCUAGCUUAUUUAUAAACAUGUGCUUGGAUUACCUAAAAGUUAUGAGUCAUAUCGGUGCUUUACGUUACUUUAGAGUAAUUAAUUGCAGAGGUCAAUAUUAGUUCCUGGCAGUGUUAGCAUGCUAGCUAACUAGCAAAGCAAUGUAGUGGGACUUAAAAGUCAAUAUACUUUAGAUGAUAAAGCAUGGGGAACAGACAGGCUCUCGAGACAAAACAAUUACAAAAUAUAUUGCAAACCGGUUCUCGAGGUUUUAGGCAGACAGUUUUACUGAAUCUCAGAACUAACUUCGAGUCUGGAGUACCAAUAACAGGUGUGGAGUUCACUGGCAGUUUGUUCUGUAAAAAUCCCAGCACAGCUUCUAUUUUGAAGCACUUCCUACUUCCUCACUGUGAGGAAGUUUCUAAGGCAAUUUAGAAAACGUCUGUGGUAUCUUUUCUUUUCUCUAAUGUAAACAACUAACGUUGCUACGUGCUGCAUGAGUACUUUUUUUUUAUUCUUGCAAUGACURCAAUGUCCACUUGCUGUUUUUUUCCAUUAACUGCACUGAUGUAACAUGGAUUGAAAACCCCUGAUUAACACCGUUAUAUUGAUGCAGUUAUAGUAAAAGAAAACUACACUUUUAUUAUCUUUUUGUGUUUUAGAAUUGGGGUGGCAACAGAUCCUCACAGCACAACCUUGAAUAAAACAYCACGGUUUUAUGGUGUAAAUGCAUUUAAACAAGUGUUAAGAAUGCGACUGAAAGUUUCUUUUUGCAAGGGGCUUAAAUUCAUAACAGCUAAAAUUAUCAUUUUUGUUAUUGGGUCCCCAGGGGACCCAAUUACAAAAUAAUAAUCUCAAUAAUAAUUGCUUAUUAAUAAUCAAUAAUAAUCGCAAUAAUCUCCACGACAAUUUCUAGGCUCUAAAAUAAUAUAAAUCUAACACCAAGUGAACCACAACAGACCCGCAGAUUCCAUUCUGUUAUAGUGAAUGAAAAAGGGUAAAUGGGAAAACAAAUACAUGUCCGAAAAACACAGAUGCAAAAAUAUGGGUGUCCUUUUCUGAACACGGCUGUACUAUGUCUGAAACAUAUCAACAAUGUCACUGUAAGUCUUGCUACCCGUUCCCACAUGUUAUAUGUGGUUUCUUUUCUGGUUUCAGGGCUGUGAUAGGRCGCCCAGAGAGAAUGGAUGGAUUUUCUCUAACCUUUACAGAGGCAGUGUGCUUUGGUGCCAGCUUGAGCCUCUCUGGCGUCUUUUACUAUCUAUACAAAAGAAGUAGAUUAGUAGUUAAGAAAAUUGAAAAUGCUCCACACAUUAGUAUAGAUGGAAACCUCGAASACCUUUUGAAAGUUACUCCUGGAGCCUGCCUACAGUAUGCYGUGGUUGAAGGUACGGUAAAGCCAGUGGAUGAGCCUCUAACAAGCUGUUUCAACAAAGACAUCUCUGGUGUGUUGCAAAGAUUUACGAUUGUAGAGCACAGGCUGAUAUGGAGCAGCAUUUCCCGUACAUGGAGGGACUCAGAACGCAUCUUACACCAAAGAGUGAAUAUGGUGCCCUUUGUUUUGCUUGGAUUAGACGAGGCUGCAGUCAAAGUUCAGUCUCCUCUGMAAGCAACUGGAAGGUACACAGAGGUCAUUAAUGAGAAAUUUCACCAGCCCACUCUAGGUUUUGGAGAGCUUGUAGGAUUUUUUCUCAGUGGAGAAAAGUCUAAAGGAGUCCUGGAGAUUGAAGAAAUGCUUAAGGUGGGCACAACGCUUAUCGGCAUCGGCGAGUUGACCCUAGACACAGACGGCACCGUGAUUCUUCGGCCCCCCUCUGAUAAUUCUCCAUAUUUUUUGAGCUUGACAGACUUUGAAAACCUGCAAAAUGAAAUUCACAACAUAGCUGGUUUUUGGAAGGUGCUAGCUGUCAUCUCGGCCUUGGCCGGGACAGCAGUGCUCUUCUGGGCCGGCCUGCGAUUCUACCGCAUCCUUAAGGAUCGCUGGGAGCAGGAGGCAAUGAACAGGGAGUUUGUCCGUAUGCAAGCCGAAACCGCAAGACUGCAUCCUGAAAGAGCAAAUGCAGAAGGUUUUGAAGAGGGAGAUAACAAUCAAAUGGGGAAUGUCUGUGUGAUCUGUCUCAGUCAACCAAGGGACUGCAUCCUGUUGAACUGUGCACACGUGUGCUGCUGCUUCGCCUGCUUCCGGGCCCUCCCACAAAGAACGUGCCCCAUCUGCCGGCAGAACAUUGCCCGGGUUCUGCCGUUCUAUCUGCCGUAAGGCGCCUGAGUGAUCAUUUACCUUCGGUGCACUGAGGCUCUACAAUAAAUCUGAAAUAAAAAGACUUCGGGAACGGUUUUGCACUAAGCGAGGUACGAUGUUGAACUGUGAGAAGGGGGAAAAAAAAAGUGUAUAAUAUGUGCAUUUUCCUGUAAUACAGAGUUUUAUUUUUGGUAAAUGUGCCUUAUGAGAAAAAAAAACACAAGGAUGCUGCUGUAUCAGUGAUAGAACUGUAUUGUGUAUGUUUGCUCAAAAAGGUUUGGUUUUAGUCUCAUUAAAGAGAAAAAGGCUUUAGUGUUGUAGUUUUAGGUCAUGUACAGCUAAAAGAAKGUUUUACAUAUUUGUUACAUCAAAUUWAGUAAAGCAYCACUGUCAAGUAUUUGUAAGAUGGCAAAAUGCUGUCAUAAUUAACACUUGGGAAAGAUGUGACUAAUUUAUUAAACUUGUUAUAUCAAAGCGAAUAAAGUAUUUAAGCAAUCUGA